CGACGCGAGGCGCAGCCGGUCUGUAGGCGGAGGUGUGAGCAAUCUUGAGGUCAUCUGCACCUUCCGACUGGGAAAAGAUGGUCAACGUCUUGAAAGGAGUGCUUAUAGAAUGUGACCCCGCCAUGAAGCAGUUUCUGUUGUAUUUGGAUGAGUCCAAUGCCCUGGGGAAGAAGUUCAUAAUUCAAGACAUUGAUGACACUCACGUCUUUGUAGUUGCAGAGUUGGUUAAUGUCCUCCAGGAACGAGUGGGUGAAUUAAUGGACCAAAAUGCAUUUUCUCUUACCCAGAAGUGAAAAUAUUAGAUAUUGACCACUUAGGAAUUAUAAGCAGCAAAUGUGAAAGACUCACCACUCAGUAUCUUAAUGUGACUGAUAAGACUUAGAGGAUUGCUUAGGAGCCUGCUAUGGGAAAGACUAAGGAUCAUUUGUCAAGAAAAAUGCCUCUUGAGCUGGUUUUGUUGAGCCCUAGAAUUUAAAAAAAAGAAAACUUUAACAGUUGACUGUGAUUUGGCUUGUUAUCCCUUAUUAAAAUAUAAAUGUCAAUA